AUGGAUGGAUACUCAUGGAUACACUUUCUAGUUUUGGCCCUCCUGGCACCAGUACUGCUGUUGUGUGGCACAGCAGCGCAGCUGGUGAGGCUGCCUCUCAUAACUGGAUAUGUUCUGGGCGGCAUCAUAGUGGGGCCGUACUGCCUCAGAAUUCUAAAUGCUGACGCCCUGCAAGCUCUCGCAGUGGUCGAUCAUGCAUGCCUUGCGAUCAUUGCCUUCUCAGCUGGAGCAGAGCUGCAGGUCGGCGAUGUGCGCAGGAUUAAGAAGCAGAUUGCAGUGCUGAAGGAGACGGGUGGGAGGGGCCCUUACUCCUCGUUAGUCAUGGCGGUCAUCAUAGUGAAGGAUGUGGUGGUGUUCAUCUGCUUUGCAGUGAACAUAGAAGUGUCGGACGUGGUGAUGCGGAAAUCCGGGGAGGGGUUCGGCAUCAGCAUCCUGUUGGAGCCGGUGGUAAGCUUGGCUGUCAGCACAGUGCUGGGCCUCAUGUUUGGCGUCCUGAUAGGCCGCCUUCUUGCAGCGCCAGCGCGGCCCUUCAAUGUACUCCUGAGGAGACUGCCGCAUCCAGCACAGAGCAGAGGUGAGGCUGCGAGCAAGGCCAUUCAUGAGGACUUGGGCAUUGCGCUCACGCAUCUCAUGCCCCUUGUAAACAUGGCCUUCUUUUCUUUGGCUGGAGCCUCGCUUCUCUUGGGGAGAGUGGUGGCAACGCUGUGGGUGGCAGUGGCGGUGUAUGCAGUGCGCUUGCUGGCAGUGUAUCUCGGCAGCCGGCUGGGUGCAUGGGUGGGUGGCACGCCCACUGAGCACCGCCGGAAAGUGUGGCAGGGCAUGAUCACUCAGGCUGGAGUUGCUAUGGGAUUGGCAAAGGCGGUAGCUGUACGCUUCCCGGCAUGGGGUCCAGAUUUUGUAUUUCUGAUGGACUGGUCCUCUUCGUGCUAUCAUCCAGUGACUCAAAGGUGUGCUGGUGUGGUGGUGGUGCAGAUGUCUGUGAUCAUGAUGAAUCUCUUCAGCGGGCCACCAAUGUUCCGGAGUGCUGUCAUUAGCACUGGUGAGGCUCGCGCCCUGCAGCUACCGUCCGUGGCCAAUGACGCUGGCUUCCCAUCACCCAAGAAGCUGAUGGACAGCUUAGAUGAUGAGGAACCCAGCCGACAGAAGCACAGCCCAUCUGGGCUGCACGGGCGCUCUGAGUCGCUGUGA